AUGGGCGACAGCCGGGUGGACGAGCUGCUCGCGAUAUACUCGAUAUACGGAGCAGACGCGUUUUCAAACGACGUUCGGGAGCACGCCUGCGGCAUCACAGGCGACAUCAUUGAACAGGUCAGCCUCGGCGACGCCACCCAGGCGAUAAACAUAUCCAACCAAUGCGACAUUCUGCAGGUCUCCCUCACGCUCCGGCCGCAGACCGCCGCCGACGGCACCGACGCCGCCUCGCCCUCGUGCCGCCUCGACCUGCGCCUCCCGCGGGGCUACCCCGACGACGGCAGCGCGCUCGAGGUCGCAGUGUCCGCGCCGAGCUUGCCCCGGGACGCGGCGGCGCGGCUGCAGGACGCGGCGGCGCAGGAGGCGGCGCAGUGCGCGGCGGAGGCCUCUGCGGGGGUGUUUCGGGUGUGUGAGGUCGCGCGGGGGGAGUUGGCCGCGCACGUGGACGCACGGCGCGGGGACGGGGACGCGGGGGCGCAGAGGGGCGAGGAGAGCGACGCGACGAGGUGUUUGCUGGUCUGGAUCGAUCACAUGCGCGACAGGGCAGGGUACGUGCAGCAGAUACGGCGGUGGUGCAAGGAGCUGUCGUUGCGGGGGAGUCUCGUGUUUCACGGGCGGCGCAUCCUGCUGCUGCUGGUGGGCGGGGGGGCGGAGCUGAAGCGGUACCUGGCGCUGCACCGGACGACGGCGGUGGACGUGGACUCGAAGGGGCGCAAGUGCCGCGAACGGAUGAUGGACGUACUGCACGAGGGGCGCGUGGGGGGGGACUGUCGAAGCAGUGCCCGCGGGGACCUCUGCGUCGUCGAGGCGACGUCGCUGAGCGACGUGGAGGACGUGCUGCGCCCGGCGGGCCUCGCGAGCUUUGCUGUGCACGGCCUCCCGGGCAAGUGA